GAAAACAAUUCAUGACCAGCAACAUGUGCGCCUGCCGCGCACGACGACGGCCUCCACCCCGAAGUCUUAGGGCCGUGACCCCGCAGAGAGCGCUCCUAAAGUGUGCGGCCAUGGAGUAGGCAUUCCUUCUCUUCCUCCCUCUUCGAUACAUCACGUCUUGUCCAACCCACAUUAUCACUUCUCAGCCAUGUCCGUCCCAGCCCAGAUGCGCUCGCUCCGUUGCCAGCCGGACGCCAAAGUCGGCGUCGAGACAGUGGCCGUCCCCGAGCCAAAGGACAAUGAGGUCCUCGUCAAGGUAAAGACGGUGACCCUCAACCCGACCGACUGGAAGAGUGCAAAGUUCCUCGGUACGCCCGGCUACGGUGUCGGAUGCGACGCAUUUGGUACCGUCGUCAAGUUGGGACCCAAGUUGAACACUCAGCUCAAGGUCGGAGACAAUGUGGCCUUCUUCGAGAUGGGGUCGUACCACAGCGCCGAGAAGGGCACCUUCUCCGAGUACGCCACCACUCAAUCAGACACCUCCGUCGUCGUCCCCACUGACUUCGACCCAGCCCAAGCAAGCUCCUUUGGCAUUGGCGGCUUUACGGCAAUCCAGUGCCUCUUCACUCGCCUGGGUCUUCCCGCCAUCCCCAAGGACCUGUCCGCCCCGCCCGCUCUGACGAAGGAAUCGCCCAAGCUCCUCGUCUGGGCAGCAUCGACCUCCGUUGGGCAAUUCGCCGUGCAGUUUGGCCGCUUGGCGGGCGCACACGUGAUUGCCACCGCCUCGCCUGACAACCACGCUGCUAUCAAGGAGCUUGGCGCCCAGGAUGUCUUCGACUACAAGGAUGAGUCCACGCCCGCCAAGAUCGCGGAAAAGUACCCAGACCUUCAGCUUGCAGUCGAUUGCUUCUCCGAGAAGGGCUCCACCGUAGCCACGGCCAAUGCCAUCUCCAAGAAGGGCGGCAAGGUCGUCAACAUCCUCCCUACAGAAAAGGCAGCCAAGGAAGCUCGCCCGGACAUCGAGUUCAUCACCACCCUCGUCUAUUCCUUCCUUGGCCGCGAGUUCAAGUUCGGUGGGUUCGGCAAGUUCUCACCUGAGCAGCUCAAGAGCGACCAUGCGUUCCUUGCAUCGUGGGUUGCAGGGGAGGGCAGCAUCGUCAACAAUCUGAUGGAGAAGCAUCUCAUCAAGGGCAACAAGAUCAAGGUCAUGAGCGGAGGCUUGGACGCCAUUCCCGAGGGAAUGAAGUUCCUCGAGGAGGGCAAGGUGAGGAUGGAGAAGCUCGCGUACGAUGUUUGAGUCGCCGCAUGUAUUAUGGCGAGCAUCUCAUGAAUCUGAAUAGUAUACAGGGAUGAAGCAUUACGCUGCUUUCGUGUCCAUCUACUGCACGCCGAGCGUCUUGUCAGCGCACUCCUUCACGACCUUCCAUGCUGCAUGCAUGUGCUCCUCUCUGCAAAGCGUCGACCCCGGCACCAGUCUGAUACAGAAGCCCACGUCUGGCAACACUGUCUGCGUGAGGAGAAGCUCCGAGUUGCGCGUCUGAAGCAUGUCCCAGAAGCGACGAUUGAGGGCGUCGACGUCUUCCCCACCAGCCGCACCCGCACUUGUCAGACGGAAGACGCGCAACGCAAAGUUAGGCGGGGCUACCAUCUCGAAUCUCUCGUCCUCUCCCAUCAACCCAGCGAACACGUCCGCGCACU